AUGGCUUCCCCGUUGACACUCGACCCGCGUCCGAGCUUUGAACCGAAAAUCGUAUCGCUUUACAAAGGCUUAUUUAAGGAGGACGAUGAGGAAUACGAUGAAGUGAAGUCUGAGGGUUUCUGGACGGAGUUCUUCUUGCUCAAGUGCCAUGCCCCAGGCCUGAGGUCUAUACUAGAACCAUUGUCACCAGAUGACCUACUUCAUCUACAGCCGCAAACAAGACAGCUGUUUUGUCGCGCCGUCAAUUGUGUCAAAGCUGGCGCCAGUCCUUCGGAUGAGAUUGCACUGGAUACGUUGAACGUAUUCCUGAGAGAAGUGCUCUCAAAGAAAUAUACAAAUCUCAGCUCAGAUAUCAUCUCUUUGCUGACCGGGCUGGAUAAUGUUGAUUCGAUAUUUACCGAUUUUGUUGCUUCGCUGGAUACGUGUAUCAGGAGCGGACGCAGCGUCGAAGCGCGGCGGAAAGCUAUACAAGUAGCUGUGUGUAUAGCCUGUGGGGCCUUCCAAACUGGAUUAUUAUCGUAUUUUACACAUCGGGAUCUGUUUCCGGCCCUUAUGAAGUAUAUAAACGACCCGGAAACGGUUGGACUUUGUUAUGAGCCGUUUGUCUUGCUUGGAGUCCUGGCUAAUUACAACAAAUUCGAAUUCCAGAACCCAUAUCAGUUGCGGUUCGACGAUUUUGUUAAUGAGCCUACAAUAAAGAGGAUUGUGGCAGAAAUAGGAAGCACUUGUGUCCGAACAAGAGCAGACUAUAUCUCCAUUCAUGACGAUCUACCGGAAGGAUGGUCACUCAAUAACGUACUUACAUUUGUUGGUCUCACGAUCUUGUCCGGAGCCGGCCCAAGAAGUCGAUCAACGUCGCCUGCGCCGGCAACAAACCCUGAUGCACAGAAAUUAUCAUUCAACACGCUACCAGGGCCUAGGGCUGCACUUUUGCUGGCAACAUAUGACUUUGUCAAUGCAAACAAGUUGUUUGCUUCUAACUUCGUAAACUAUCAGGAAUCCGAUCCUAAAUGCGAAUCACCGAUAUGCUCUUACAUAUCUCUCACAUCCUACCUCCUCCAUCAUGCACAUCGUUCUCCUCGGUCCUCGCUCUACGCUCGCUUAAACCUCCUCGUUAUCCGUAUAUUGCUAGAAGACCAGGCAUUAUGUAAACGGUUGACUAGUGACGAAACAAAGGCAUUAGUGCGCCUAUGUCGCCAAAAACAACCCCACUUACCCGUGAUACGCACAAAACGGCCAUUAUUGACAGCAAUAAUCGAUGCAGUUGUAGACGGAAUCAACCACAAUUUAAGGAAAAAGCUCGACGUUGAUCUGUAUAGUUCCUGUGUUGGAGUAUUGGUUCGAUCCGUAUCAUUUCUCAUUAGAAGCAGAACUCGCCUGAUAUAUCACUGGUCCGAGCUCUGGCGGUGUAUCCUUUCUCUAAUCCGCUUCUUCUCAUCAUACACAUCAGAUCUGAAAGAUCUACCCGGUAUUCUAAAGUUCAUAGACGAUCUUGUAAACCUUAUUGCCCUGGCUCUUUCAGCAGGUGAUGCAUUUCUUCCGGGGGCUGCCGAGUAUGAUGACUUGUUCUACAAGCUUGUCGAGGCUGGUGAUGUCCUUGUCAAGUUUCGAGAUGCCUAUGGCCUUGAAAACCGUACCUCUAACUCCAUAUCCACGCUCAUCUCGGUAUCUGAGCAUUAUUACCAGUUGAUAUCCGAGAACCAGACAAAGACAAAGUCGAAGAAUCUUUCCCCUCAGCAGGUUAGUGAGGUUAUCAAAUCUGGGUAUGAGACGCUUGCAAUCACGAGCAAGGAUGGACUGGAUAGUUGGGAGCGGUAUCGGGAGGCGGAUGAGCGCGCAUUCCUGAAGAAAGCGGCCCGGGUGGCCGUGGGUGAUGUUAGAGAACUCAUGGGGACUGAGUUGGAGGCUUUUGUUUAA